UUAUUGGAUGGUAAUAUAAUCUUAUGAUUGUUUUGAUGGAAAAUUUGAGGCAUAUAAGCUGUCAAGAUUAGUAUUAAUCGGCAGGACUAAAGACCCUUUCAAGUGUUUAAUCAGAAAAUAAUGAUUUAUGUACUGGCUAUCAUAGAAAGACCAAGUCUAGGGUUCAACAUCGUACUAAAUGUCCUAUGAGAAAAACAUGGAAGAGGGCAUUGUAAGUUGAGAUAGAAAUGGUACAAAUCAGAUCUGUAAAGCUCUAACUUUCCCCCUCUAGCCUAGUCUAAAUAAAACACAGUUUAGUUUACACUUCACUUCCUGUAGCAACCAAAAGCCAAGAAAAGACUAAAAGGAUACUAAAUCAAGAAUGCAAUCACCUUGUUUCAAGUGUAUUUGCUGCCAGAAUUCCUAUAGAGAGUCAAAUCCCACCUCUAAAAUCAGCAUAAUCAUCACUUGCCAUCGUGAAUUCAUCGAUGCAAUGGCUUCUUCCAUCCAGCCAAAUUCUCAAUUCACUAACCAUGAGUGUUUGCCUUCAUGUUUAGAAUUGUUUAGCAACUUAAAAGAAGCAUAUCCACACUACUGCCAGACUAAUGUUGCUGAUGAAAUCCGAGCACACGAAUACUAUCACCUCUCUCUUUCGAAACACGUAUGUCUUGAUUACAUUGGCAAUGGCCUUUUUUCAUACUACCAACAACACGGGCAUCAUCAUCCAGCAGACGAUUCAAUCGCCUCUUCGUCAUCAGCUCCUCCUCCUCCUACUCAACAAUUUGCUUCUCCCAACGAGCCUUUCUUUAAUAUUUCGUACAAGUCAGUGAAUUUGAGUACUCAGUUACUCUACAGAGGCCAAGAGUCCGACUUAGAAUGUAAUAUGAGGAAAAGGAUUAUGAAAUACAUGAAUAUCUCUAAGUCUGACUAUUCUAUGGUAUUUACAGCUAACCAGUCUUCUGCUUUUAAGCUUUUAGCAGACUCAUAUCCAUUCGAGUCUAAUCACAACCUUGUUACAGUUUAUGAUUAUGAAAAUGAAGCAGUGGAAGGGAUGAUCGACAGCGCUAAGAAAAAAGGUGCUCGAGUAGUAUCAGCAGAGCUCUCAUGGCCUAAUUUGAGAAUCAAUUCAAGAAAAUUGAGAAAAAUGCUAGUUGCCAAAAAGAAUGGUAAUAAGAAGAGGGGAUUGUUUGUUUUUCCACUUCAGUCUAAAGUGACAGGCACAAAAUAUUCUUAUCAAUGGAUGAAUAUUGCACAAGAAAAUGGUUGGCAUGUCCUGUUUGAUGCUUCUGCAUUGGGUCCUAAAGACAUGGAAACAUUAGGCCUAUCUAUUUUUCAGCCUGAUUUUCUUAUUUGCUCAUUCUAUAAAGUGUUUGGUGAAAAUCCAUCUGGUUUUUGCUGUUUGUUUGUGAAAAAUUCAAGCAUAUCACAGCUCAACAAAUGUUCCACUAGUUUGGGCAUUAUUAGUCUUGUUCCAGUAGCAAAAUCAUUCGAAGAUAAAGAUGAUUUUGCUUCUUCUUCUUCAACUUCAUCAGAAUCUGAUCAAGAAUUCAAACAAGUGUCUGAUCAAGAACCAGAGAAAAUAACCACAUUGUUCGAAAUAUUAAACUGGGGUAACAAAUCCAACAAGAAUAGAUGGAAGAAAGUUGAAUUCGAGACGAGUAUGAGUUCUGAUGAAUUGGAAUGUAGAGGGUUGGAUCAUGCGGAUAAACUAGGCCUGAUACUAACAAGUAGCAGAGCAAGAUACCUUAUAAAUUGGCUGAUAAACGCGUUAACGCGCCUUCAACAUCCACAUGCUGAAGAUAUUCAUCAUCCAUUAGUGAAAAUCUAUGGACCAAAGAUACAUUUCAAUAGAGGACAAGCUGUGGCGUUCAAUGUAUUUGAUUGGAAAGGCCAAAAGAUUGAUCCAACACUAGUACAGAAGCUUGCCGAUCGGAACAACAUAUCGAUUUCUUGUGCAUUUUUGCAGCACAUAUGGUUUUCAAAAAUGUAUGAUGAUGAAAAAAAGACUAUCUUGGAGACUUUUAGAAGUGGUGACAAUAUUAAGAGGGGGAAGUUGAAUAGUGGUGUAUUAGUGAUCACUGUUUCAAUCGGGAUGAUGACAAACUUUGAAGAUUUGUAUAGGUUAUGGAGUUUUAUAGCUAGAUUUCUGGAUGCUGAUUUUGUUGAGAAAGAAAGAUGGAGAUACAAGGCACUUAAUCAAACAACUAUUGAGGUGUAGAUUGAAUUAUUAUUUUUUAUCACAACUCCAUUUAUUCUUUCAUUCUUUGUUUCUUA